GACACCUAAGCCGUAGGAGUCUUCUUAAGUUUUUAUUUCUCGUUUGUUGUUGUGAUUAUUGGAGAUACUAAUGUCGGCAUUUGACUAGAUUUUUAGAGUUUAACACUACCAAAAAAAAUCUACGUGAUUUGCGUGAUAGCUAGUACUGUAGAGUUUCACGCGUUCUCUAGUUUAAGAUGGAGUCGACAUCGCUAGAUGCAAUAGAGGAAGUGUAUAUAAAACUCGAGCCCUGCGAUGAUAUCUGUGUUAAAGAAUUGUCAGCAGAAGGAAUCGACGAAGUGUGUGUAAAACCUAAGCCUUGGCAGGAUAUCUAUGUAAAAGAUGAGCCUUAUGACAGUGUGCGUGUAAAAGAAGAAUACCUGUCGGAUGAGAAUGUUAAAACUGAACCGUCUUACUCAGAGACGCGUGCCGUGAACGAUACGGAGACUUCAGAGUUGUAUACUGGCUAUAUUGUAAAAGAUGAAAUAGUACUCGGCCCAGAGAUAAUGGAGAAGCCAAAGCAAGAGAAAAUUCAAGAAGAGGAACAAAGUCGGAAACCCCGUAAUUACAAACGUGGUAGUUUCGCACAAGCCAGAAAGUUCUCUUCAGCACGUUAUAUGAAGGUUCACACAGAGUCUCAACAGUCUAAUAAAUGCCGACUUUGUGGAUAUACUAGUCAACAAAAACAGACAUUAACACUCCAUAAAAAGAAUUGCACUGGUCAUAAGCCUUACAAAUGUAGCCAAUGUAGCUUUGCCAGUGUCUCUACGGGUAGUAUCAAAAAUCAUGAAGUGAUUCAUGGUGAGAAAAAGUGCGAUCAGUGUAGUUAUGAGUCUGCAAGAAAGUCCUCAUACGUACGUCAUAUAAACACACAUGCUUGUGUGAAGGCCUACAUUUGUAGCCAGUGUGGUUAUGCUGUUGAAUCUAAACAUGAUUUAAUUAUCCACAAAACUAUUCACAUGGAUAGAAAGUACAAUUGUGACUAUUGCGGUUACGCGACUGCUAAAAAGUCAGUGUUAUUAAUUCAUCUAAGGACACACACUGGUGAGAAGCCUUUCGAUUGUAACCAAUGUAGUUAUACCACUACCAACAAAUCAAAUUUAACGCUUCAUAUUAAAAUGCACGCCGGACAGAAACUUUACAAAUGUGGUCAAUGCAGUUUUGCUACUGUACAAAAACAAAGUUUGCAAGUUCAUAACAAAAUGAAACAUUCUGAUGCAAAGCCAUACAAAUGUGACCAAUGUGAUUUUGCUACUGCCUUCGAAGAUAGUUUCGCAUCACAUAAAUUGAUGCAUUCUGAUAAAAAGCUAUACAAAUGCUCGAAAUGUAGUUAUACAAGUGCCAACAUACAUAAUUUACGAACCCAUACAAUGUUACACACUGGUAAAAAGCCAUUCAAAUGUGACAAAUGUAGUUAUGCAUCUGCAGGAAGGACUACCUUACUUGACCAUAUGAUGACACACGCUGGUGAAAAGCGACACAAAUGAAAUCAAUGCGAUUAUGCUGCUAUCCAUAAAAGCACUUUACUGAGCUACAAAAAGGAGCAUACAGGAGGAAAGGCCUGCUCUACAGCCACAUCAGGAUCACUUGCUGAUCAAACUUGUAACUUGAAUUUGUUGUACGAGUAACUUAUGAAGCGCCACCGUGUAUGAAAAUUAUGUUGUACAGCUAUCUAAUAAACAUUUAUGUUACUGA